AUGAAAAUUUUCAAUUUAACAAAACUUCAUUUAAUCCUUUUAUCAAAAAACUCAAGUUGUUUAUUAUCAUUAAAAAAUACAUCUGAUAUUAUAUCUCUUGAUAUUCAUCAAAUGUUCUUAGUUGAUGAUCAAUUUCGUUUUACUUAUCAAUGGUCGAAUUUUAAUCAAACAAAACUAUUGUCUUGGUCUCAAUGGCCUUUAACAAUGAUAUGUUUAAAUUUAGCUUUAAAGAAUUUAUCUGAAAAUAAAAAUCAAUCUUCAAAAUUAGAUUUCAAUUCUUUUCCAUGUUGUUCUGUAGAUACUUUAAGUCAUUCAACUUCACGAGGAUUAUUCACUAGAGAACAAGAAGCUGUUUCAUAUUGGCUUGAUUUACAAAAUGAUGUGUCAAUUUAUAAAAAGUUACCGAUUAAAACUACUAAAUCAUUAAAAACAAGACGCCUAGUUCCAUUUGAAAUAGCAAAAAAUGGUCAAGUAUGCUCAAAGAAAUUUCAAAAUUGGAUUUUAAAUUAUCAAAAAUGGCAUGAAAAGAUUAGUCAGGCUAUUAGUAAUCGAUCAAUGACAUUUGAAGAACAAUUUCAACGUAUAAUUCAACUUAAUGUUCGGUUUUUAAUCUAUGAAAAAUCUCUAACAGGUAUUGCUGAUAGAAUAAUUCAUUUAAUAACAACGUAUUUCAUAGCUGUAUUAACAAACCGAUUAUUUAUAUUUGAUCAAAAUUGGCCAGAAUUGUUAGAUGUGAUGCAAUCAAGUUUAAAUUAUCAACCAGAAUUCGUUAUUCCUUGGUUUUCUCAAAUGGAUUUGAUUAUAGAAAAUUUAUCGUUAAAUUUGCAAGAAGAGUUAACAAUAGAAGAUUAUUGGUUUUCUUUGGAUCGAUAUAAUAUAGAUUAUGAUUAUGAAAAACAUUGUCGUGAACGUAUUGUUGUAUUUAAAAGUCAUACAGGAGGUGUUACACAUAUGAUUACAUCUAAUUCAAGUAUUUAUAGAAAAUUUUUAACUAUUGAUCUUGAAAUGAAUCCAGAGAAUAUGUUUGGAUGUCUUUAUCAUUCUCUUUUUACUUAUCGUUUCCCUGAAUUAAUCAGAAGAGUUCCAUUAAUUUCAUCAAAUAACCAGUUAGGUCAUUCAUCUCAACAAAUUUUACAAACACUUUUAUCAUCAAGAUCUUUUCCAAUUGGAAUUCAAAUUCGUGCUGGUGAUGAAACAAUGAUGGGAUUUGGUCCUAUUUUUGAAGAACGAACAAAUCUUAAACAUUUUCAAAGCUAUUUUACAUGUUCUCAACAAAUAAUUAAUACAAAUAAGAAAUUAUUUCGUCAAACAAAUCAAAUUCCAAUUAUUUUUCUUUUAGCUGAUGGUCAUCAAGUACGUCAAGCUGCUUUAAAACGUUGGAAAUUUUCAUUAGAAUGUUUUCAAUCAUUGAACAAUCAAUGUCAAUCGAAUAGCAGUAGUUUAAAUAUUUUAGCGAAUGCCGAUCCAGUUUUUCAUAUAUUCUUUGCAGCUAAUCGAAUGUUAGCUUUUCAAUUAGGAAUGUUUGAUAGUUUUCUAUUCAGUUUAUGUGAACAACAUAUAAUUACUAAAAACAGUGGAUAUGGUCGCUUGGCAGUUUUUGCAUCUUUAAAAUUACGAAAUAUUUAUUCAUUUGAGCCUAAACAACAACCUUUUUGUGAAAAUCAAAGUUUACCACUUGUUGUUUCAGGUCAUCAAUGGUCGGGAAUUUAA